UGGUGCAGUGUUUAGUGUGUUGGUUUUGUUUUUGGGGUGCACAGUGAUGUCAGAUAUUGUUAGCGACGACGAAGGAAUUUCUGGACAAAGCAUGGAUGGGGGUGGUGCUACUGAUUUCGAUUUAUCUGGUAAUGACGGUCAACAUGGGCAGCAGUCCGAACAGGAGCUGGCGACCAAAAUGCUUCAAAUCCAAUCAAAACGAUUUUAUCUUGACGUGAAGCAAAACCGUCGUGGGCGAUUUAUCAAAGUAGCAGAGAUCGGAGCCGAUGGACGACGCAGUCAAAUAUUUUUAGCAUUAUCAACUGCUGCCGAAUUUCGUGAUCAUUUAUCGACAUUCAGUGACUAUUACUCGUCUUUGGGGCCUCCAAAUCCAGAAAAUGUUCCGGAAGAUGGUAAAUUGAAAUCAGAGAUGAUGAUUAAGGAUAAUCGCCGUUAUUAUUUAGAUCUGAAAGAAAAUACACGGGGACGGUUCUUACGAGUAUCUCAAACCAUAACGCGUGGCGGGCCACGAUCACAAAUCGCUAUUCCAGCUCAAGGUAUGAUUGAGUUUCGUGAUGCAUUAACCGAUUUAUUAGAAGAAUUCGGAACCAAUGACGGAGGAUUUAAAGGUGAACUUCCUGAAGGCCGACACAUGAAGGUACAAAACAAAAACUUUUACUUUGAUAUCGGACAAAAUAAUAGAGGCAUAUACAUGCGAAUCAGUGAGGUAAAAAGCAAUUUUCGUACUGCAAUAACGGUGCCGGAAAAUUGUUGGAGCCGAUUUCGAGACAUUCUAUCCGACUAUUGCGACAAAAUGAAAAAGUCGUCAGAUAUCGCUGCUAUCACUGCCGAUAAUACACUACAAACAACCUCAUCGAACAGUAAUUAAAAGAAUUAAAACAACUACAUUGCCUGACACCAACAACAACAAAAAUUAAUAAGAAAGAACUAUCUAAAAAAUGCAGCUAUAGUUGUGUAUACACAGACAUCAACAGCAACAAAUUAACCGAUUCGUCGCAGACAAAAAAAAACCAGCAGCAGAAUACAAAUCUAAUCCACAGUAAAACUUACAACAACAACAGCCACAGCAGCAGUAGAAACAUAAAUUAAUAACAAAAUUUCAAGCCACUCAACAACCGAGCGCAACCGAAUAGAUGAGGUAGAGUGUAAGCAAAAAUAAUGAAGUUAAAGAAGAAAAUGAUGAUGAAAAAUAACAAAAUAAAAUGGGAUUAGAUUUAGUCGGUUCAACUGAGAGGAGUAGAAGUGAGAGAAAGAGAGGAGGUAACCGAUUCAUGUAAUAAAUUGUUUUAAUUAAUUAGUAAUGAAGAGAAAAAAAUAUAUAUAUUAUUAUAUAAAAAAAAAAUCUAUGUAUUCAAAGAAGAUAGAAUUUAUGUAGCAAGAUAGAAAAGAAAAUGAUUUAAAAAAAAUGAACAUCAUCAAAAAACAACAACAAUUAACACACAGUUUAAGAGAUGAAGAUGAAAAGCAGCAACAAAAGCUGGCAAUGCAUUUUAGCACUAUAACAAACAAAAUAAUUCAUUCAAUUUCGUAUUCGAAACGACUCUCACUCUCAUUUUGAAAGCAUUUCACUCUGACAAAAAGAUAAUGCAACAACAUUUUUUCCUUUCAACGAAAUUAAAAUGAAAAAAAAAACACACACACACACAUACAAAAAAAAAACAAAGUUUUAUCAAACAGCUGGACGAUGAACAAAGAAAAGCGAAUUAAUAAAUGGAAAUGAAUAGGCAAUGGCUUACCCUUAAUUGAAUUGAGAACCGACUGGGUUUUACAAUUCACAUACUCUUCAAAACAAAAAAAA